AACAAUAAUAGUUUUCAUGUGUGUCUUGUCUUUUCUUCCCUUCCUCUAUUCUUUUCUUUGUCUCUUUACUCUUUCUCUCUCCUAACCACACUCUUCACUUCAACUGUAUCACACAAACAGAGAAAAAAAGCUCUGCACUUUCUCUGAUUAUCAACAACCCCAUUUCCAAAUCAUGCCAAAAUUUCAUCUGGGUCUCUCUCAAAUCCCUCAUUCACCAUCAAUGGAAGAUGAAAAUCACUCUUCAUCUUCCAUGUCAUACCUCAGCACACCCUUAAUACAAACUCCAAAAUAUCAACCUUCCCCUAAACCACAACACAAAAGAACCAUAGUCACAACAUUAAUGGAAGCUGCAACUUUCACAUCCUCUUCUUUCAAAGAAGACACUUAUUACAUUUCCCAUCUCAAAUCUUCAGAGAAAAAAGCAUUGCAAGAGUUCAAGAAAAAGCUUUUAUCUUCAGAUCAAACCAACCAAAAUGCUUCCAUGUGGGGUGUUUCUUUGCUUAAUGGUGAUGAUAUUGCUGAUGUGUUACUUUUGAAGUUCCUUAGAGCUAGAGACUUUAAAGUCAAUGAUGCAUUCAACAUGCUUGUGAAAUGUCUUGUGUGGAGAAAAGAAUUUGGUGCUGAAAAUCUUGUGGAUGAAGAUUUGGGAUUUAAAGAGCUUGAAGGUGUUGUAGCUUUUACUCAUGGCUUUGAUAGAGAGGGACACCCUGUGUGUUACAAUCAUUAUGGUAUGUUCAAAGAUAAGGAUAUGUAUGAGAGGAUUUUUGGUGAUGAAGAGAAGUUGAACAAGUUUUUGAGGUGGAGGGUUCAAGUUCUUGAGAAAGGAAUCAAGCUUUUACAUUUUAAGCCUGGUGGUGUUAAUUCUUUGAUUCAAAUCACUGAUCUUAAGGACAUGCCUAAGAGAGAGUUAAGGGCUGCCUCAAAUCAAAUCCUUUCAUUGUUUCAAGAUAAUUAUCCUGAAAUGGUUGCUCGGAAGAUUUUCAUCAAUGUGCCAUGGUAUUUCAGCAUGGUAUAUUCAAUGUUCAGUCCAUUUCUGACUCAAAGAACUAAGAGCAAGUUUGUGAUCUCUAAAGAAGGAAAUUCUGCAGAAACACUCUAUAAAUUUAUAAGGCCUGAGAAUAUUCCUGUUCAAUAUGGAGGAUUGAGUCGACCUAAUGAUUUUCAAAAUGGUCCCCCAAAAACAGCUUCUGAGUUCACUGUUAAAGGAGGAGAAAAAGUAAACAUACAAAUAGAAGGAAUUGAGAGUGGUGCAAUAAUAAAGUGGGAGAUUGUAGUUGGAGGCUGGGAUUUGGAAUACAGUGCUGAAUUUGUACCAAAUGCAGAAAGUAGCUACACUAUUGAAGUUGAAAAAGCAAGAAAAGUUGAUGCAUCAGAAGAAGCAAUUCAGAAUUCAUUCACAUCAAAAGAAGCAGGCAUAAUAGUACUCUCAGUUGAUAAUUCUGCUUCUAGGAAGAAAAAAGUUGCUGCUUAUCGCUAUUCUGUCCGCAAAUACAACAACAAUACACCAUCUGAUAUGCAAUUAAGCCUCAAAUAGUGGUCACAACAACAACACUAUUAUGUUUGUUGUUUUUUUUGCUUGUUUGUGAUGUUAACUUUUGAUUUAAUCUAGUUUUAAAAGGUAUUUAGUGGUGUAUUAGUAAAGAAGUGAGAAAUGGUGCAUGAUCAAUUCAAUGAAGAAGAAAAAGCAAUUAGUUUGAGUGUUGUGACUUGUGAUGAGUUUUGUGAGAUAUUAUUGAAUUUGUGUGAUAAAAUGAUCAUGUGAAAAUAUAAAGUGCAGGAUUUUGUUUCCUGGUUUGGAGUG